GAGACAAAAGUCAAUGCGUAAAAUUCUAAAAGAGAAAGGGAAGCUCUCUAAUUUAUGGACAAAACAGGGGGAUGAAUUUCUGGUGUACAGCGGCUCGUGUACCUCUCCGGAGACGGCCUGUGAACCACUUGUAAAUUACUUGGAUGUGGAGUAUUUUGGGCAAAUCCAGAUUGGUUCUCCACCUCAGACCUUCACUGUGAUCUUUGACACCGGCUCCUCAAACUUGUGGGUCCCAUCUGUAUAUUGCACAAGUUCAGCAUGCAUGAGUCAUGCUAGGUUCUACCCAAGUCACUCUACGACCUACCUUACUGAUGGACAAUCUUUCUACAUCCAGUACGGAACUGGCAACUUAACAGGAAUAUUAGGAAUUGAUCAAGUUACUGUCCAGGGUAUAACUGUACAGCAACAAAUGUUCGCAGAAAGUGUGUCGGAGCCAGGUAGCACCUUCCAAGAUUCUAAUUUUGAUGGGAUUUUGGGCUUGGCAUACCCUUCACUAGCUGUGGACAAUUGCACUCCUGUGUUUGACAACAUGAUCGCUCAGAAUUUAGUGGAACUGCCAAUGUUCGGUGUCUAUAUGAGCAGGAAUUCUAGCUCCACAGAAGGUGGUGAGCUGGUACUUGGGGGCUAUGACAAUACUCGGUUCUCUGGUCAGUUAAACUGGGUGCCAGUUACUCUCCAGGGCUACUGGCAGAUCCAAAUUGAUAACAUCCAGGUAGAGGGUGAAGUGUUGUUUUGCAGUGGAGGUUGUCAGGCUAUUGUAGACACUGGGACUUCUUUGAUAACAGGUCCAUCUUCUGAUAUUCAGCAGCUGCAAAAUUUUAUUGGAGCCACUGGGUCAAAUGGAGAGUCCGAUGUGAGCUGUGGUAGCCUGAGUAUCAUGCCCAAUGUCACAUUUACAAUCAAUAAUAUUGGAUACACACUGACACCUUCUCAGUAUAUGCUUGAGGAUGGGGGAGAUUACUGCAGCAGUGGCUUCGAAGGUAUGGACAUACCGCCCCCUUCAGGACCCCUGUGGAUUCUGGGAGAUGUUUUCAUUGGACAGUAUUACUCUGUGUUUGAUCGGGGAAACAAUAGAGUGGGAUUUGCCCCAGCACUUUCCUAUCCAUCUGUAACAAAUGGGGUGUGAGCUAUUGCUUCUGGAUUUUUAGAAAGAACUUUUAAAUCUAAUAACUGAAAUACCUUUUUUGCAAAAUAUCUUGAAGAAAAGCUGGCAGUAUAAUUGUUACAUGCAUGUGUGAUUAACCGCAGACAUAAUGGACAUAUCUAUGCAUUAAAAUAAUCCUAUGUAAACUAUUGCUUACAGUAUAUCCAGAUUUUUAUUAGUCAGCUGUGUCAUAAUGAGAAGUAGAAACAUUUCAUAUAAUAAGGCAAAUUAUCACACUCAGCUAAUCCACUUGUAUGAUGAAACAUGGGCAGUAAUAUUUUGCAGCAUAUCAUUGCUAAACUUUUUGAUAACUAAUCACUCUAGUUUACAACAAUAUCCAUCUAGAAUCCUCCAUCGAUGGCACAGAGCCCCACAAUGUUUUUUUUAUAUCCCUGGCAUCGGGACAUGGAGCAUAACUCCACCCCUAAUGCGACACAAGAAGCCUUGUCCCUAACUCUUAUUGGUUUGCUGCCUGGUGAGCAAUAGAGCAGGAAUGACCAUCAGUGGGUGAAACCAUCUCUGGUUACUUGUCAAUGAUGUCAUACCAUCAAGGUUAUCCACCAAUGAUAUCAUCAGUGAUGACCAUUGAUGGCUAACCCACUGAUGCCAAUCCAGAAUGUUCGUCCGAUGCGAUAUUUGGAAGUUGCAAGUCGGUCGAUUCAGGAAGUGUAUGGAUAGUGUAUGGAUACACAUAUGGAUGUGUAAGGUACACACUAUAUGAAGGUCAUUGCAAUCUGUUGUGGAUCGCAAUAUCGUCCAAUAUAUUGUACAGUGUGUAUUUAGCUUUAUACUCUUCAAAAGCACUUACUUUUUACCUUGUCACAGUGAACAGCCCCCCCCCCCCAUUAUUUGCUACAUUGUAAAAGAUGACGCAAAAUAUGUCUCUAUGGCCGUUCCACAUUUUUAAAGUUAGUAAGGUUCUCAAAUAUAAAAUAAUUGUUACUGAAAAUAAAAUAUAUCUAAAAUUAACAUUUGGUAUGGUGAAGAAUGAUCACUAACCUAUAAUAAGGGAAAUAACCAUAUUGUAAUUACUACUCUGUUCUUUCAAAGUUUGUUGUUUACUUCUCUUCUCCUUGUAAGGGUGGUCUUCAGUAUGCCAAAUGUCGGGAUCCCGGCGCACAGUAUACCGGCCCCGGGAUCCCGACACCCGGCAUACCGACACCUAUUCUCCCUCGUGGGGGUCCACAACCCCCCUGGAGGGAGAAUAAAAUAGCGUGUCGCGUGUAGCGUGCCACCGUGCCCGCAAGGGGCUCCUUUGCGCUCGCCACACUGUCGGUAUGCCGGCGGUCGGGCUCCCGGCGCGGGUAUGCUGGUCGCCGGUUGCCCGGCCGCCGGCAUACCAUACUACACCCCCUUGUAAGUACCACUAAAUUACAUAUUACGUUUAAUAUAUUUUUCUUGGCCAGAGCACAAUGCUUGUGUUGUUGAAUUCUGAAUGGUCCAUACUUGCCUACUUUUGAAAAACCAUUUUGGGGAGAUUGUGAAAGCAACACCUAUAAGCACAAUGUUAAAGUGAUGAGUAAUGCUACAUCUGAGAGGCAUGUCAUAAAAAUUACUUACAUCCAAAUGUAAAUGAUUCCCAAAGCAGUCAGUAAGGUCUAUUUGUUAAUGAAAAUAUAUGAAAAUACACUGAUACAGUACUUUUCAGGGCUUACUCAUGCAUUCUGUUUUACAAGUGGUUCCAUACAGUAUAAGUGGCUACAAGAAACCUAG